AUAUGAAGCAGACAAUACAUAAGGGUUGAGAAGACAAAAAAGAGUUCCGUGAUAGGCCCAUCCCACAGCUGAGGGCUUUUGUUCAAUUCGGUAUAGCCGCUUAAGCAUAACAGCGUGUACACCCUUGUAUUUGCGAAAGCAAUGGCAAGAGUUCACACUAUGCUGGCAGAGGAUGAGUAAAAUCUAGUCCUAACUUAAACUACUCCUGGUGGACUCUUUAAAACCAUUUUAGGAUAAAUUUGUGGAACACUCAAGGAAGAUUUAUAUAGCGGCUGGGAUAGAUUUAUCAAACUGGUCCUGGGUAUAUUUGAUAUCCUUAUACAGGCGUAGCUCCACGAAGAUUCUUUGAGAUUCAUACAAGAACAAUCACUACGAACAUAUACUAGAGUCAACGAGGAAGUAAUAUUCAGAUUACUGGUGUACACAUACUGGAGGGAAGAGAAAGACGGCAAAGAUGGCGGGAAACGUGAUGACACUUCUAUCAUUUAUGAUCGGAAUCUAUUCCUUUAUCGUCUUAUGUCAGGUUCAAAACAGCAACGCGUACCCAUCGGGAGCUGUUACAUCGGCCUGCGUUGAUAUGAUACCGAAUCAUGGAUCCAGUUCUCAGACGUCAGUCAGUCCCUACACCAUCUCCGUGAGUCCUGCAUUCUACCAACCAGGAGAGCAGAUGACGGUCACAAUUUCGAGGAACGCCAACACCCCAGCUUUGAAGGGUAUUCUAUUGCAAGUUCGUCGCACUGGCAACGAUGAAAUCAUCGGUACAUGGUCGGUGGCGGGCACCACGGGUUUUCAAACGCUGGCGUGUAACGGUGCUAAUUCUGCAGUAACGCAUACUAGUAAUGGUGACAAACCGGCUUCUUUUCCAUUGAACUGGACACCUCCUGAUGUCAAUGGAGAUGAUAUCUAUGUGACGGCAACAUUUGUCCAGACAAUGCCAGUCUUUUGGGUUGCAGAGAGGACAAGCAAUAUACAACUGAUGACUCCUUGCGAUUCGGAUCCGUGCGUCAAUGGAGGAACCUGUACAAACUCUGCUGAUGAUACAACCUACACAUGUUCCUGUCCUCCCCCUUUUGCAGGACCCACAUGUCAGACAGAGAUAGAUCCAUGUGUUAAUAACACGUGUGCAAAUGGAACUUCCUGUUUUCCUGUGCCUAACUCUUUAAACUACACUUGUGCGUGUCCGAUUGGAUUAUCGGGAGAACGCUGCGAAACAGCUGUUAGCCCAUGUGUAGCGAGCUCUUGUGAGAACGGUGCAAAUUGUACCGGUGCUCCCGGUCAAACGACAUAUACCUGCACCUGCCCAGCCGAUUACACUGGGACCCUCUGUGAAACAUCCCUUGCAACCACUCCAGCUCCUGUGCCAACAACGCCCGGAGAUGGACAGAAACUAACCCACAACAUAUUCAUUGUGGCAACCGCAAUUUGCGUUUUCCUCAUGAAUGUUAUGACCAUGUGAUUAGGCAGUAACGUAUGCCAAAGUGACAAUAAUUUGAAGUUUUAAAGGGUUGUUUAGGAAACAAAGUAGACUCAAUUUGUGGUGUUUUAUGGAGAAACUCGUUUAGAUACCAUAUCAGCUGUUAAGAGCUAGAAGGGCGUUAGCUCCGUAUACAACUAUAUGAGUUAUUCCUUUUUGGCCCUCAACAGAAGAUAUGUGUUCAUGUGUUUCUAACUGUUUAUAAAAUAGAGAUAUUAAAUCGUGUCGUACAAAAAAAAA